AUGAAACGCAGCCGAACCUCUCCGCUUUCUCACUCUCCGCACUCUGAAUCAAAUCGAGCACCUCAUCUAUCAUCUUUGCAAAAAUCCGUUUCCCCACCACCAAAACGACGGGGAGCAAAUGGCCAAGAUGGCGACAAUCCGCACCCCUCAAAAAUCACUCCAUCUGACCCAAAGACUUCGGAAUAUCUUGACACCUGGUCAAUGAAACUUAGGAAGAGUAUCCUUCCAGCUUCAGAACAAGGGUCAACACCCCAUCUUCCAAUCGACCAGUGGGUUGACCUCUACCGGCGCCAUGCACAUUCAAACGGCCAUCACUUCGUCAUCCAUCAGCAUGAUCACCCCGUCGCCGGACCGCACUAUGAUCUCAGACUGCAAUUCUCGGAUUCCAGUACCGUCUGCUGGGCUAUCAUGUAUGGUCUACCUGGUGAUCCUAAUCAGGAUAAUAGAAGGAAUGCCACAGAGACGAGGAUUCAUGGUUUGUCGUACAACCUAGCUGAAACAGCAUCAUUAGGCCAGGGAAGCGUCAUAAUCUGGGAUACAGGUGACUUCCAGAUCUUGCCCUACCGCACAGGGCAAGACCAGCCCGACACCGACGACACCUCUUCUGACGGAGGCCACGCCCCAGCGAUUUCCGAAAGUUCCAAGCUUCGCGACGCAUUCCAACGACGCAAAAUCAAGGUCCGUCUAAACGGCAUCCGCCUCCCAAAAAACUACACCAUUUCCCUAGUCCGACAAAACAAACACAAACCCGGCACCGGCACCGGCACCGGCAAGACCUCCCUCAAAAAUCGCCGUCGACCCGCAGCCCGCAUGUCACCCUCGCCCCCCACAGACCCCGACUCGAUGUCCCCACCGUCCCCCCGAGACCCGGAGCCGAAGCGUGGCGAGACUACUCUGCAGGAGGAAACAGACCUCUCUGACGGCGACGACAGGGAGAUACGGGAGACCAACGCGUACCCGGGCUCAUUCAAUACGAUUGGCUCUGUUCACGGUCGGACGUGGUACUUGCGGAUUGAUACGGUGGGAUCAGGAUUUCGGCGGGUGAAGAGCAGGGACGGGAAACAGGUCUGGGUCCGGAAUGGAGGAGCUACUCACGGUGCUACUCGCAGUAUUCAGGGGUUCGAGCCCUUCUAUGUCCUUGGGCCGGAGGUUGAGAGGAGUGUGGUGACUGGCCGGUUGGGGAAGGAUGUUUUGGAUGACGAGGGCGUGCAGGACUUUGUGCCGAGGAGAGGAUGGGUGCCGAAGGCGUGA